AUGACAACGAUGCUCAAGCAUUUCGAUGAUCCCGAAUAUAAGCUCCACAUUGUAUGUCGAGAAAAGUUCCUAUCGGAUGAUGACCCUGACAGUAAGUUUUUCUCUUGGACCGGUCAAAUACAUUCGAGAAUCAAGUUUGUCCUUAUGAACUAUAUGUCUAUAGUAUACGACCCCAAACGUGAAAUCAAAGACAAUCGACCAAUGGAAUGGGGUGGCCAACAGGUAGCCUAUUUUGACAAAGAGGCGGACCUAAAGCCAUGCAGUAGUGGGAAAACAGAGGCAUGGUCCUCGACAAACGGGAGGUGGGAUACCGGGCAAUUAGUAGACCUCAUUGUCGUGUGUGACCUGGCGCUGAAACCUUCGAAUUGGAAUGACAUCAAUUCUGCGUCCAUCGCGAGUCUACGGAAAAAAACGUUUGAAACCGAUUCGAGAACAAUUGACAGCAUUGAUUAUGCCAAUAUGGCAACUAUAUUGGCCCAUGAAUUCUCACACUCAAGCUUGAUGCUUUGUAAUGACCGUACAGUUGAUGAAGAACUCGGAAACGAACCAUGCUACGGGUGGAAACUCAUCACCCAGCUUGCCCGGGAGAAGCCAAAGUUCGCACUUGGGAAUGCUGGAUUGUCGCUCGAUAAAAAUGACUGGUCAACGGGAAACAGUAAACCUGUUCCUCCCGAUUUUCCCGGUCCAAUUGGCCGCCUUAGCUGGAAAAAUGGGAAGUGGGAGAAAUAA